UCGGGGGCGGUGGCAGCGGCGGCCUGGGGAGGCGGCGGCCUGGCCUGGCCUGGCCUGUCAAGGUGCGGGCGACGGCGGUCCAGCACCAUGUCCCUGCAGUACGGGGCUGAGGAGACGCCUCUCGCCGGCAGUUACGGCGCGGCCGAUUCGUUUCCAAAGGACUUCGGCUACGGCGUGGAGGAGGAGGAAGAGGAGGCGGCGGCGGCGGGCGGCGGCGUUGGGGCGGGGGCCGGCGGAGGCUGCGGCCCUGGGGGCGCUGACAGCUCCAAGCCCAGGAUUCUGCUCAUGGGGCUGCGGCGCAGCGGCAAGUCGUCCAUCCAGAAGGUGGUGUUCCAUAAGAUGUCACCCAAUGAGACACUCUUUUUGGAAAGUACCAACAAGAUUUAUAAAGAUGACAUUUCCAAUAGCUCCUUUGUGAAUUUCCAGAUUUGGGAUUUUCCUGGGCAGAUGGACUUUUUUGACCCAACCUUUGACUACGAGAUGAUCUUCAGGGGAACAGGAGCAUUGAUAUAUGUUAUUGAUGCACAGGAUGACUACAUGGAGGCUUUAACAAGACUUCACAUUACUGUUUCUAAAGCCUACAAAGUUAACCCAGACAUGAAUUUUGAGGUUUUUAUUCACAAAGUUGAUGGUCUGUCUGAUGAUCACAAAAUAGAAACACAGAGGGACAUUCAUCAAAGGGCCAAUGAUGACCUUGCAGAUGCUGGGCUAGAAAAACUCCAUCUUAGCUUUUAUUUGACUAGUAUCUAUGACCACUCAAUAUUUGAAGCCUUUAGUAAGGUGGUGCAGAAACUCAUUCCACAGCUGCCAACCUUGGAAAACCUAUUAAAUAUCUUUAUAUCAAAUUCAGGUAUUGAAAAAGCUUUUCUCUUUGAUGUUGUCAGCAAAAUCUACAUUGCAACAGACAGCUCCCCUGUGGAUAUGCAGUCUUAUGAACUUUGCUGUGACAUGAUUGAUGUUGUAAUUGAUGUGUCUUGUAUAUAUGGGUUAAAGGAAGAUGGAAGUGGAAGUGCUUAUGAUAAAGAAUCUAUGGCAAUUAUCAAGCUGAAUAAUACAACUGUCCUUUAUUUAAAGGAGGUGACUAAAUUUUUGGCAUUGGUCUGCAUUCUUAGGGAAGAGAGUUUUGAACGGAAAGGUUUAAUAGACUACAACUUCCACUGUUUCCGAAAAGCUAUCCAUGAGGUUUUUGAGGUGGGUGUGACUUCUCACAGGAGCUGUGGUCAUCAGUCCAGCGCCCCCAGCCUGAAAGCAUUGGCACACAAUGGCACACCACGAAAUGCCAUCUAGUCAGACUCCCAGUGUGGGGCUUGUUGCCAGCUUACUCUUCACUCCAGGGUCAGAUGCCACGUGCCACAGGACAUGAGAGCUGCUGCUGGUGGGAACCUGUGCCUGUCCCACUAGAGGCGAGGGGGUAGCAUUUUUGAUUUGGAUGAAAACCCCUUCAGCUGGUGGUGUACAACUGAAGCUGUUGUUUCUUUUUUUACACUUGAUCUUAGCCAAAAGGCCGAGAAGCAAUGUUGUUUCUUUUUUAAAAAAAUGGCAAAGAAGAAUUUUAGAGGCUGCCGAACUCAAGUAGUCUUUUUCUUCUUUUGGGUCCUACUUUAAGUAGUUGGAAUAUUUUGGACCUGGAGAUAACAGCAGUUACCCAUCCUUACCAGGUACUGUUGCCAUCAAUUCCAGCCGAAAGUAAUGGACAAAAUCAAAUUUUUAUAUGCUUCCCUUAGGCUUUCAUUUGAAUAGUGUGCUUUGCUUAAAUUCUAACACUGCCUCUCAGAUCUCAGUUUUGGACAUUGUACAUUUAAGACCUUUUCAGUGCAUUCGCUUGCUAACUCAGAAGACUCAUCAUCUGAGUGCAGCAAAAGAGAUUUCUAUAUUUGUUACCGAGGAAAUAGAAUUCUAUGCUGCAUCGGGUAGAGAGCAAAGCUCAACAGUGGCUGCAUCAGUUCCUUUGGAAGUGUUUCGGAAAAAAACUUUGAGAUGGAGGAAAACUUUUGCACCUAUGUUUUGGGUACCAGGGAUGUUAUGAAUUCUUUUUCCUGCAUUUGAUAAAUGAUCAUGCUUUGUGUAACAAAGGGAAUUAAAAAAAAACUUUUUCCCACAGCCCCUUGUAGGGGAGAAACUCAUUAUGUCCUUGAAAUAUUGAAUCUACUUUUCUUUAAUCUUGAUAUCAGCCUCUACGUAGCUUUUAUUCUAAACCGUCUACAUUCUUUCAGAAUUGCUGUUUGUUGACCCAAAGGCACUGGUGGGCUCCACUGGAGGUUAGAAAGAGCAUGUGGUGCCACAAUGUGUGUUGUCUUACAUACUUGUCUCCAGUAUUCUGACACCAAGUGUCAACUGUGGUACUUUUUUCACCUAGGGUAUUGAUUUGUAAUUGUUUCUUUUUAUUGAUGGCUGAUACCCUUCCCAUUGAUUUAAACUUACAUAUUAUUUUUACUCCACGUGCCCGGUAGUCAUAUUCCAAAGCCACUGGACCACUUGAGUACAUAAGUGCCACUGUUUAACGAAAUCUGUAUAUUCAGGUCUGUAAACCGAACAGUGUGACUUGGAGUGCUUCCUGCAGAUAACUCUGACUGUUGAGUAUUUACAUGGACCAUGGUGAUAUCCAAAAGAAAAAAUGCUUUUAUAUUUAUAGAUUUCAUUGAACUAUAUAUAAAAUGGGUAUCAAUAAAUGUAUUUACUCCAAAA